AUGCCUGUCUGCCUGGGACCUAUAAGGGGUUGUCGUUCAUGCAGGCAAGCAUUGAUCAUCUGCGAGAUGGAUUUGCCUCCUCAAUUCACGAUCGAAGAUGAGCUAAGGACAAUGGGAUCUGAGCAAUUGAGACGUGAAAGGAAUCUCAUUCUGAGUGAUUUGAAAUCGCUACAAGAUCAGAUUGGGGAUUUAGCGUUCAAUAAUUAUCGCACUUACGCUGAUGCUGGAAGAACGACACAGCACUGUACAGAAAUAUUUACGGAAAUGAAGGAUAAGCUACGGGUGGUGUCAGCACAAGUCCCAGAACUCGUCGGUAGUUAUCGGUGCAUUCCAUGCUGCGUAGCCAAGACAGUGGUCGAACGAAUUGGAUAUCGUAGCAGUCAGCCUGCCAGAAAGAGAAUCUCGUGUGGGGAGCUGCUUUCGUUGCCCUCUAGAAUGGAUGUUUGUAUUCGUGCAGGAUAUUACGAGGCUGCAUAUUCGCUAACAAAUUAUGGAAUGAUGCUUCAACAACAUUCCAUUAUUAAAAAUCCCUUGAUCAAGGGUAUUGCUGAUAAACUUGUUGAAGCACGAUCGUUUCUUCUCGAAGAGUUGUUUAAUAAGUUUUCGGGCCCUCUUGAUUUAGCUUCUUCUAUUCAGGUUGUGAAUAAUGUGCGAAAAAUGCCAUAUCUCACACCUACUCAACUACGUGCCUGCAUUUUACAACACAGGGAUAUGUACUUAGAUAGGCAGAUUCUAGAUAUCACGAAUCAUCCUGAAUUCGCCAUUCGGGCCAUUGAGAUAUACCGGGACUGCAUGUAUGACACACUUGUUCUAUACUUGGCAGUUUUUCCUGAGAGCGAAACAGCACGAAAGGACUUUACGGAAAUGAAGGAUAAGCUACGGGUGGUGUCAGCACAAGUCCCAGAACUCGCAUCGGAGUUACGAGCAUUCCAUGCUCGUACAAAAGACGUGUCGAAUGAAUUGGAUAUAGUGCAGUCAGCCUGCCAGAAAGAGAAUCUCGUGUGGGAGCUGCUUUCGUUGCCCUCUUUUACGGAAAUGAAGGAUAAGCUACGGGUGGUGUCAGCACAAGUCCCAGAACUCGCAUCGGAGUUACGAGCAUUCCAUGCUCGUACAAAAGACGUGUCGAAUGAAUUGGAUAUAGUGCAGUCAGCCUGCCAGAAAGAGAAUCUCGUGUGGGAGCUGCUUUCGUUGCCCUCUAGAAUGGAUGUUUGUAUUCGUGCAGGAUAUUACGAGGCUGCAUAUUCGCUAACAAAUUAUGGAAUGAUGCUUCAACAACAUUCCAUUAUUAAAAAUCCCUUGAUCAAGGGUAUUGCUGAUAAACUUGUUGAAGCACGAUCGUUUCUUCUCGAAGAGUUGUUUAAUAAGUUUUCGGGCCCUCUUGAUUUAGCUUCUUCUAUUCAGGUUGUGAAUAAUGUGCGAAAAAUGCCAUAUCUCACACCUACUCAACUACGUGCCUGCAUUUUACAACACAGGGAUAUGUACUUAGAUAGGCAGAUUCUGGAUAUCACGGCAUCGACAUUGCAUGUCAUUCUUGAAAAAUCAAGUGCAUUUACUCAUCUUGAAAUAUGGCAAAUUUCUCUGCAGAAUCAUCCUGAAUUCGCCAUUCGGGCCAUUGAGAUAUACCGGGACUGCAUGUAUGACACACUUGUUCUAUACUUGGCAGUUUUUCCUGAGAGCGAAACAGCACGAAAGGACGUGAGUUGUUUUUGUUCUUCCUUUAUGCUUCUUCCUACAAUUUUUGGUGAAGGAUUUUUUUCCUAA